AAGAUCUCCGAGGUCGGAGGCAAGAUCUCAGAAGCUACUGAUAAGGAGAAAGCGAAGAGUUCGGACUGAGGUUUCUUUUGUUUUGUUUUCAUUUUUGGUAUUGGGGUUGGCGGUUUCUUUUGUUGGGCUGCACCGAUGUUGGUGCACGUAGACUACUACUUUCGUAGGGCGUUGCUUGAUUUGCUUUUUUUUUGAUACCAACUUAGAGGGUCGAGCUGUGAUGCUCCUUUUGCUAAGAGAUUGUUAUCUAUAUGGUCGCGGAUGACUUGUUUUGCUGAAGACCCGGCGCAGCGGCACCCCCGACACGCCAUGCAACGCCGUCCCCGCAACGCGCACCCACGCUCGCCCCGAGCUCUCCACCACCGACCGCACGACCAGCCCAGCGCGGCCACGACCAACCACCGUGCAGCAACAGCAAGCGCAACGACAUCUCGCCUCCUCUCUCUCUCCUCGGCCCACGCUCCCACCCUCCCACACACCAUGGCCCGCCAUGGCGUCCACACAGCAGCAACAACAAGCGCACGCCAGCACGAGCAACCACAGCACGGGCAACAGCCACAGCAACAGCAGCAGCGGCAGCGGCACCCAGCUCCUGCGCGCUAACACCAUCUCGCUCGGCCGCAGCAACGCCGCCCAUAACAACAAUGGCAGCGGUGCCGGCAUGCGCCGCUCCCACCUCUCCUUGCACGGCCACCACCAUCACCACCACCGGCAUAGCAGCCAUCGCCACGUGCACGGGCUCAGCGGACGCAGCCACAGCCGCUCGCGACGACGCGGCGGCAGCGACGGCAGCGAUGCCGAGGACGCGGCGCACGCGCGCGACGAGAAGCCUGGGCGGGCGUCGCUGGGGGAGUUGGUGAGGGCGGGGGUUGUGGGGGGGAGGGAGAAGGAGAAGGAGAAGGAGAAAGAAAAAGAGAAGGAGAAGGAGAGGGGAAGGGCUAGGGAGAGGGGCAGGGAGAAGGAGCGUGGCAGCGCUGGGAGCAGUGUUGAUGUUGACGCCGGGGUGCGCGCGCUUGAGGAAUGGGAGGAGGGGCGGCGAGCACCGGUUUUGGGGCUCGUGAGGCCGGAGGACGUGUUGAGAGAGAGGGCGAUGGGAAGGGUUAGGGAGGACACGCUGCGCAGCGCCCUGCGCGUCCUCUCUGAAUCCGCCAUGACGUCGACGCGGCGGCUCGACGAAACCUACUACACGCUCCUCGAAAAAGUCUCCACGCUGCACCACGCAAUCAACGGGCUACACGAGCUCCUAGCGCGCACCAAAUCGCUCUCCAGCACCUUCCGCAGCGCCACCAGCGCGCUCGAAACCGAGACGGCAACGCAACUCUCCGCGCUCGACGCCUUCGACCCCCACGCCGCCGCGCUCAACACCAUGGAAGCGCGGAUCGUGGCCGCCCGCGAACGGGCUCGGCAGCUGGACCUGCGGCUCGAGGAGGCGAAGAGGGUGGUUGAGCGGCGGGAGCGCGAGGACGAGGUCGGGCGCGGGAGGGCCAGGUGGCGCGGUCGCAUGCUCUGUGCCAUUGUGGGCGUGGUGCUCGCUGUCGGCGUCAUGGUGCUGAUGGUGCGCGGGGGCGGUGCGGGGGCGGAUGUGGGUGCGGGUACGAGCGAGGGCGUGCUGAGCGCGAAUGCGUCGCGCUCGGCGCCGGAGCGUGUGGGUCAGAUCCCGUUGCCCGCGAGGGAGAUACUGCAUCAGGCGCGCGCGAACAAUGCGCGGGCGCAGCCGGAUGUGCAGCCGGAGGUGGAGGCGGGGUCUGCACAGCCAGAAACAGAGACCGCACAGCCGGCGCCAGAGCGCAUGCAGCCUCCCUUGUCAACAGACUCAGACUCCCACGCAGAGCGCCUCGCACACCAGGACGGCACACAAAACCCCUCAUACGAGCACGAGCACGACAAGACAGCCCCAGCAGCCGCAGCCUCGGUCUCAGCCUCUGCUUUCGUGGACGAGGUGCUUGGCGCGCAGACAGAUGCGGAUACAGAUACCGAUGCGCGGCAAGAAGGGGGUGCAGGUGCGAGGCGGUUGCGCGUGCUGGACGAGCUGUAGCCCACUCCCUCGACGCCGCUAACACGCGUCCGUAGCUCACUAAAGUGAGCGGGAGGGAGCGAGAGAGCGAGAAGGUGGAGCGGGAGGAGUAAUGGUCGCGUACAACGACAUAUCUUUAGGCAAGGUCGGCGUAGACAU